AUAUUCGAAAUCAGAAUCAAGUCAACACUCAAGAAGUGUAACAGCAGUACAACAAAUCCUUUUCUCUACUUCUUAAAUCCUUCUUUAAUCAGCAAACAUGAAGUUCGUUGUUGCCGUAGUCAUGUUGGUUCUUGCCGUUGGUGUACACUCAUCCCUACUGGGUGCUCAAAUCUCUCCCGGUGUUUCAUAUGUGAGCCCAUUACUUAGUCCAUUGCUCGCACCAGGCCUCGGACUCGGUCACUUGGGCUUACCAGCUGCCGUUAAUGUUGUGGGUGUUAGUGCUCCCGGUCUAUUGGGUGGUAUUCCCGGCAUCUCUCUUAGUCAAGGACCUGGCGCUGCUAUUGCUGCUCCUCUUGCUGUUUCUCAUGCUUUGGGUACAGGUCCAGGAGUUUAUGUGGCAAAGACUCGUGGUGCCAUUCACACCGCCCCAUUGGCUGGACACAUUAACUCGGCGACUUCUCUGAAUUUGGCACCAGCUCCAGGAACUUUGUAAGCGUUUCGUGGGUCAUCGAUUCAUCUCGUUGGAGAAUAAAUGCUAACUGCUUAUCAUCACAACAACCACAUAAACAAUAAUACCAACUAUUUGACGACACUGAUGCUAAACGAAGAAUGCAACCGCACGACCUAUUCUACUUGUUAUUGCAACUCCGUUUUAAGUAACCCGUUAUCCGUCAUCUACCAUUUGUUAUCACAACCGCAACCGUAACCCAUACCCUGAUCCGCUACCGACCUGACGUCCAACCGAUAAUGUCAAUAGCAUAUCUAUGUUUUUAUUUUAAAUAAUAUACUACGUACCUUGUACACAAAUACA